CCUUUUGUUCCUUAUUCUGCACAUGAUAUGCCUGCCUCACGCAUCUCCAUAUUCGACAUUCCACUCGUGGUCGAGGCAAUAUGCGACCACCUCACCACAAAGGAUAUCUGGCGUUGCUAUCGCGUGAACAAGUCCUGGAGCGAUCUCUUCAGUCCCCACCGCUGCAAGCAUAUCCAGUUCUUGGACCUAGACUCAACACAGACCUGGUACAUCCUCAACAACGCUCAUCAUAUUCGGGAACUCAAAGUCGACCUCGCAGAUGCCACUGAUCUUCUCAACAGUUCAUGCACGCGGCUGGAAAAGCUAUCCUGUGUCAACUUCGGAUACAUGACCUGGCCAUCCACAGUCCAUCAGGACGAGUGGGCCUUGGAUUUUACCCCUCGCUGGAUAGACCUUGAACCAUCUAUAAAUGCCCUCUCGCUAAUCAAGAUGAACCCGCGACUGAGGGAGUUGAACAUCUUGUGGUACCCUGCCAUAGGAAUCCCUGUACGACCAUUCACUCCCACAGUACUCAGCGCCCUCUCCAGUCACCGAUUUCUGCGGAGUAUGUCUAUCAGCUUACGGUCAACGCACAAAGAACUCGUCGCACUCUUGACACAUUGCCCGCCUCAUUUGGAAGAGCUCGAACUCCAAUGUAAGGUAUCUUAUCCUUUUGGAGAGGAAGGACAGCACAUCCCGUUAGUGCUCUCAGGACCAACGAAUCUUCGAUGUCUUAUUGUUCGGGAUACAUUUAUCAGAGACCAACCGAAUAUCUUCUCGACACUGCUCAAGUACUGCCCCUUGCUCGAGAAAGUCGAGCUACCACAGGCGGAGGGCUCAACGUAUCGCGACUUUAUCAACAUACUGGUAGAGCACUGCCCGAAACUACAGUCCUUCCACCAAGGUAUGACGCACAGCCUCAUCGCGAGUAGUGAUGCAGCCAGACUACUGAAUGGAUACCCGAAUGGACUACGCGAGGUCAAGCUAAACGUGUAUAUCUCCGACGGGGAUCCAACCUCGAGAUCUCAGGAAGGCCUUAUGAGACCGCUUGCGGCAUAUUAUUUCAACGUACUUGAAGUCCUGAGAUUACAAGUGAGAAUGGGCCCAAUCUCUGCUAGAAUCGUAUCCCUUCUAGGACUGUGUCCGAGACUAAGGGUACUGGAAGUCAUAGGCAAUAUUACUAUGUUGGACGAGAUUGUCUCGAAAGAACGCUGGAAGGUAUUAAUGGCUCGGUUGGAUGGGGCGAUAGAUUCAACAGCAGAUGCGCAGACAGAGUUACUUCCCUGGGUCUGCAGUAGACUCGAGUCCCUGAUGCUACACAUCGCCAAGCCCUCAAUCAAGCGCAUCGGUACAGUCAUGCUUCAGAAGCAUCCGAUGACCGAGGAUGCCAUUGAGGAGGUCAGCAUUUCGACGAUAUUUCAGGCUGGUUUGUUCUGUCAAACACUGAAGUCCUUGAGGUGCUUGACAAAUCUGGAGCUAACCUGGGAAGCUUCCAUUGUUGAGGCAGUUGGGAUGAUACCAUACGAUCGGGGGUCCUUAUAUAUGGAGCGAGUUGGACUGCCGCGAGUAUCGCAGAAAGACAUGCUAUGGAUGGGCAUAGAAUGGUCUACUGUGACCGAUCGUUGAUGGAUGGAGGAUAGCGAGCGGAUAUGUCAAAUCGCCCUCAAAGAGCGAACGAAGAACGAACGUUUAAAGGAGCACAGUUCUUGCUGCGGUGGUACACUUGUGGACACGGAUGAUGUGGAAGCCAACGUGGAAUGGUGUCCUAAUCAUAAGACACCUAAUAGAACCCGGAAGUUAUAUGCGCGUAGGUCGCAGAGGAAUACUCGAGAGUAGUUCGAGACGCAACCAAGGUAGCUUGCCAUCAUAAAAUUCACUUGAAGAGCAAACACUUGAGAGGAUCGUUGAAGCUUUUUUUCCUUGGGAAUGAUAGACGCAUUAUCGGUUACUCCGCCCA